AUGUGUGGCCAGGUCUCGUCGAGUGCACAAGCAACUGCCUUGGCCCGAUUCUAUGGUCUCCCAAAGGUGCACAAGGAGGGCGCUCCUCUCCGGCCCAUUGCAUCGCCCAAAGGCACUCCAACGUACGGACUGGCAAGAUGGCUGUUUCGGCGCCUCAAAUUUCUGACCGCUGAUUCGGACACCACGGUCUGUUCGUCAACGCAAUUCCUGGAGAAGCUUAAAGGACUAAGUCUCUUGCCCAAUGAGGUCAUGGUAUCUUUUGAUGUCACGUCCCUCUUUACUUCUAUCCCGAGAAUCUGGCAAUCGAGACCGUCCAGCUACUCCUACGAAACAAGUACAAUGAAACGGCGAAUCGUCUCGGACAUGCCCAAUUCCUUCAGCUCCUAAAGUUCUGUCUCAGGACGUACUUCACGUUUGACGGAACAAUCUACGAGCAAGUGAAGGGAACACCUAGGUGCUUGCCGAUUUCGGGAUUCAUCGCCGAGGCGGUGCUACAGCGGUUGGAGUCGCUGGUCUUCCAACACCACAGACCAAAAUUAUGGGCUCGGUAUGUGGACGAUACCUUCGUCGUCAUCGAAAGGGAUCAGGUGCUAACGUUCAAAGAACGUCUCAACAGCGUCUUCCCUGACAUACAAUUUACGAUGGAGGAGGUAGAGAAUAACCAGCUGGCAUUCCUUGAUGUCCUCGUCUGUCGCAAAGAUUGUGGUGGCCUCAAGACCAAAGUGUUCAGAAAAGCAACGAGCACGACGCAACAGUAA